AUGAACAAGCUACCGCUAGAGUUGGCAUCGAUAAUAGCGGUGGACCUGGACAUCGUCUCCCUAGGUUCUCUUCGACAGGCGUCAAAAUUAACGAACAGCCUGUUCUCGCCAGUCUUCUUGCAGUACUUCCGAAGUCAACGAGUAGACCUUACAAGAUCAGGACUGAAGCGGCUCUGCGGACUGGCUAGUAGCCCGGCUCUAAGAUCAGCGGUCUCCUCGCUGACACUCGUUUGCCUUUACUAUCACAAUGACCCGUGGUACGACCAAAAACAUCUCGCGGCUCUUCAAAACCCGUCUUUCCAAGACCCACGUGCAGCGGCUUCUGAGUACGCCCGCCUUUGCCGGAGGAACCGGGAAUGGAUUGCAGAACAGCGCGACGAGCAGAACCUCUUCAUGGGCGAGGAUAUGCUAUGCAUGCUAGCAGACUGUCUGAGACACCUGAAGAACGUUCGUCAUGUGAGCCUCGAGGCUUCAGUUGUGCACGGCGCCGACUUAAUAAAGGUGCCGGAGGAAGUGGCAUCAUUGCGCUGGCGUGAGCUCUGGACUGGUGCCAUCCAGGGGUAUCGCAUCUUGUUGAUGGCCAUUGCACGCUCUGGGGCCUUGCUCGACAGCCUUCACAUUUAUCAGUUGACCAAGAAAUGCAGCAUACCUACGCACGAAAUAGUCGAGCCUUUGUCACUGUUCUCAGCGGCCGAAAGGGAAAACUUUGCCAACUUUGCAGCCCACUUGAAAGAUUUCUCUAUCAGCCUCGCUACUACAACUCUACCUGUCAGGCCACGUCCUGGCACCCACGCUUCCUGGGAAGAAAUGAUAGAUCUUGAUCCUUACGGAGCUUUCGACAUUUCUCACGGGUCAAACCUCCAUGCCAGCGAUGGUCAUGUCGAUGCGUUGGCCGACAUGGAAGGUGUCGCCCGCCUGCUCCAAGCGAUGCCGAAUCUGGAAUCCCUCCAUAUCCACCUGUGUACGACUGUCAAUGGCAUUCUCGUCCGCGGUUACUAUCAACACUUUCUCUCGACCAUCUUCUUGGGAGGCUGGGUUUUCCGUAGGUUGUCCCAGCUUACGCUGCGCGGCCUCCAGGCGAGCCAGCAAGACCUAUAUGACAUCCUCGCUAGGCAUAUUCCACAGCUCCGUAUUCUGGGGCUCGAAAACAUCACUCUCAACUCGGGUUCAUGGAACCCCGUGUUUGACCUCCUUAGAUGUGAGGCAAGGUCAUUAGAGAAGCUGCGAUUAUCGGCACUGUGGUGUCCUGAUUCUGACGGGAACAGGAUGAACCUGGCUCCCAUAGACAAAAGCCGUGACAUCGACGACGUGGCCGAUUUUCUUGAUUGGGAGGAAGCUAUCAACGGCGAGCGAAUCUGGUACACGCGGAACAUUAAAGGCGAGGAGGUGCGAGGGCCAGACGGGUUACAAUUUCGGCCGAUGGUGGAGAGCUUCGGGGACCCAGUCAAGGCAAGUUGGUAUGUACGGCAUCGCGCAGAAUAUGGGCCCUUGUGA